GUUGCCGGUGCUCCCAUGGAAAAAUCCAAAAAUUUCCGCAUCGACGCGCUGCUGGCUGUCGACCCCCCCAAGGCGGCGGCGGUGGCGGCGCAGAGCGCACCGCUCGCCCUCGUCGCCUCCUCGCUGGGUGGCAGCGCGGCGCGCGGCUCCAGCAGCUCCAGCAGCUCCAGCGGCAGCCCCCCGGCUUCCUCCUCUUCUUCUUCCUCCUCCUCUUCCUCCUCCGAGCAGCAGCAGCCGGCAGCCGGCCCCGCCGACCGCCUCCGCGCCGACAGCCCCUCGCCGCCGCCGCGCAUCCUGGCAGCCCACUGCGCCCUGGUGCCCAAGGGGGGAUUUUUGGCUUCUACCAGCGGUCACCCCCCGCACCACGCCGGGAUGGCCCUGGGACUGCACCCCGCGGCCCCCGGGGGGCCCGGCAUGCCCCCGCAGGCGGCCCUAUACGGGCACCCCAUGUAUGGGUACUCGGCGCUGGGCGGGCAGCACCCGGCUCUGUCCUAUUCCUACUCGCAAGUGCAAGGGGCGCAUCCUUCUCACCCCGCCGCCGACCCCAUCAAGCUGAGCGCGGGCACCUUCCAGCUGGACCAGUGGCUGCGGGCAUCCACGGCCGGCAUGAUCCUGCCCAAAAUGCCCGAUUUUAACUCCCAGGCUCAGUCCAACCUGCUGGGGAAGUGCCGCCGGCCCCGCACGGCUUUCACCAGCCAGCAGCUGCUGGAGCUGGAGCACCAGUUCAAGCUGAACAAAUACCUCUCCCGGCCCAAGCGCUUCGAGGUGGCCACGUCGCUGAUGCUCACCGAGACGCAGGUGAAGAUUUGGUUCCAGAACCGGCGCAUGAAGUGGAAGCGGAGUAAGAAGGCGAAGGAGCAGGCGGCGCAGGAAGCCGAGAAGCAGAAGGGGGGAGGCGAGGACAAGGCGGACGAGGAGCUGCUGCUGCCCGCCCCCGACAAGAGCGGCGGGCGGCGGCUGCGGGAGCUGCCCGACAGCGAGCCCGACGACGACGAGGAGGAAGAGGAGGAGGAAGAAGCCGGCAGGUGCUGCCCCUACCACUCCUCCGACUGCUCCGAGGCGGAGGAGGAGGACUCGCAGCCCCGGGGCCGGCACGGAGCCCCCACGCUGGCCCCCACCCAGCCCCAGUGAGACCCCGGCCCCAGCUCCCCGCCCGCCCCGUCGGGGCCGCCCCCCCCUCCACCCCCCCAAGACCCCCCCUUUAUUCCGUUUUCUCCCCCCUUGGAGGGGGAUGGAGAAGAGGAUCUCCCGUGUGCCGGGAAGGGGACAGAAGAUUUGAGGUGACCACAGUGUUAUUAUUGACUGAAAAGCAGACGAAACUUGACCCCCCCCGCCCCCCGGUCCCAACCCUCCGUUCGCUGAGUCUUGGAAAUGAUUUUGUUCUGACUAUAUAGCGGGAAAACUGCUUAUGUCCUGAACGUUAAAACUGCUGGAAAUCUCGAUACCGUCUUUAUUUUUGUAUAUCGUAUUUAUAAAAAAUAAUAAUAAUAAUAAUUACCUCUACUUAUGCAUGCUAAAUUAUUACCCCCACCCCCGCCCU